GUUUGUCAAACGUUCGUACGAAAGGAAACUGAACGAUCCCUCCCCCGAUACGUCUUCACUACAGGUUGGGCGUGUUUGUAAGGCCAUAGUUUCUGUAUGUUUAAAAUUCCAAUUUAUAAUAAACAGCAGCUUGAAAGGGAGGUUUUCUGCUUUAGGUCAAAUUGAAGGAAAAAAUGGAAGACAGGAAUUUACUGCAGAAUAUCCGCAAACCACCCAAACCCAGCACACCUGUUCUAAUAAUCUCCAAAAUCUUUGUGAUUGUCUUGCCCAUCGCUCAGGUGUCAAUUGGUGCAAUACAUCUGCAUGACUGUCCAGUACAGCCAUACAUCCCUAUUUAUUUGCUAGUGUCAGGUGUGUUUGCCUUGGUCUUGGGUUUGCUGUCCUGUCUGCCAUGCACACAGGAGCCGGAUGAUGGAACUCAUUCUCCUCUUAGUAGCCUUUGCACCACUUGGAAUUCACUGGUGUCACUUUUUCUCUUUUGCUGGUUUAUUGCUGGUAACAUAUGGAUCUACUCAAUUUACCAGCCUAAUUACAUCAGUGGCAAGGAACAGUACUGCGAUAAGACACUGUAUCUGUUUGCUUUCUGGACCACAACAUUGGUCUAUAUUUUUCUGGGCAUCAUCUUUCUAGGGGGUUGCUGUAUGUUGUUCUGCAUGUGUUUGUUAGGAAAAGUGAGUGGAAAUGCGGAUAAUGAUGUGUGAUAGACAGGUACAUCAGUAAAACACUAAGGAAAACACACAAGUUCAUUUUCUGUGCACUUAAGCGGUUUCAGGUCUUAUGAUUUCCCCAUCCUCCUUUAUUUCUGAUUUAGAGAUCAUUCAUUUUCUUAUGUAUAGAUUUUUGUUUGUAUUUGGUUAAGAAUCAGAUUCUUUCUUAACAGAGAAAAACAUGCAUUUAACUUUUCUGGUUUGCUGUCUAUAUAUUAGUAUCAGAAUGAUAAUGUUUGAUAGUUUAAUAAAUUAAUAUAGAUCAUGUUA